GAAAGUAUUUGAUGCUAUCUGGUUCAAACAUCCUACAACAUUCUUCAUAUACGGAACAGUAUACGGUCUGUCGCAGGGAGAAUAUCAACAAAGCCAUGAUAUUAUAGUAUUCCGAAUAAGUUUCCUUCAUCCAGCUGGCUGUUUAGCACACAUAAAAUCUAUCUACCAUGGAGAAAUAUUCACAGUUUCGCGACAGAGGAUCUGGCAUCGCUCCGUUCUUGCCCGUUCAAACUCCCAGUGCCGGCAUCUAUGCCCCCGUUCAUCUUUUUCUCUUCCUCUUCAAAUUACCCAUCUUCCUCACAAUAUCCACGACUUAUUUUCUCUUCCUACAAUGGUUUCCCCUGGGUUCACUACUCAAGAAAGCAAUAUUAUGGAUGAUACUUGGCAUACCAGGAGUGUGGUGGAUAGAUCUGCAGAUUGAUGGAGUAAAGAAAGGUUCUUUGGCAAAGAAACGUGAAGGACGAGUACCAGAACCUUCGGAUAUUAUCGCAUCUUCCUUUACAUCACCUAUCGAUUCUUUAUAUUUGGCUGCCAUCUUCGAUCCUAUAUUUACAGUAUCCUACCCACAUACCCGCCAAGUUCAUCAAAUUUCUCUCCUCGGUGCAAUCUUCCGGGCACUCCAAAGUCCUAAGGAAUAUCCACCAAAGGGCUCAAAAAUGACCGAUUUGUCCGCUCUACUUUCUCGCUUUCCUGGACGUGCGAUUGUAGUUUUCCCGGAAUGUACAACCACAAAUGGAAAAGGAAUCCUACCUGUGAGCCAAAGUCUUUUGACUGCUCCUUCAGGAACCAAAAUCUUCCCAAUCAGUCUCCGCUAUUCGCCCUCAGAUAUUACAACACCCGUUCCAGGGAAAUACUGGUCAUUCUUCUGGAAUCUUCUUUCAAAACCUACACAUUGCAUUAAAGUUCGAAUCGCCGAGGUCGUAUACAAUACAUCCAAGUCCGAAUCAGAAAAUGCCACCAAAUACUUGAAGAAUCAAUUUGAUUGUGUCAACGGAGAUACGGCGUAUACAAGCAGCACUGAUACUCUCACAUCUAAGAACGAUCAAUCAGCAGAAACAACAUCAGAAGAACAACGUGUCUUGGAUAAAGUUGGGGAAGCAUUGGCACGAUUGGGACGAGUCAAACGAGUUGGAUUGACUGUGAAGGAUAAAAUUGCGUUUGUGGAUGCAUGGAAUACGAAAAAAUAGCAGAAACGAGAUGGUGUUCAAGACAUAUCUAUAAAAAACAUCAUAUGAAAAUCAUGACUUGAUGUAUUGGGAGGGUGGUUUGAUACCUAGUGGUUUUUUACAACCAAUCCUACUUAUUUACUACAAAAUAUUCACUCCUGUUCAUCCCUAAAGUCUUCAAUUAUAUAUUGCUACCAGUCUUGAGUAUUUCAUUCGUUGGAGGGGUGGGCAAUUUAUCAAGUUUCAAUGGUAUAGUUCAUGAUAAAGGAUAUCUCAUAAGAGUCAGAAUGAUACAUCCA